AUGCCCCCUCCACGGGAUGUGCUGAAAAUUAACACCGAUGCUGCGUUUCGUGAAGCAGAAAAGGAUGGAGCCUGGGGUUAUGUGAUCAGGGACUGCAAUGGUCACAGGGUGAUGGCAGGAUCAGGACGUCUGAAAUGGGUGCAUGAUGCACUGUCUGCUGAAGGAGAAGCCUACUUGGAGGCACUUAAGGCGGCAAUGGAGGAGGGGAUCUCUCGUGUCGCCAUUGAGACUGAUUCAGCUAAUCUGGUGGCGGCCGUCAUGACGAAUAGGUUUGAUCAAGCACCAGGAGGUGUGCUGUUUAGGGAGAUUCGUGUGCUUCUCUCUUUGCAUUUUGUUACUCUUAGCUUCUCACAUGUUUCUCGUAAUUGUAAUGGUUGUGCUCAUGAACUGGCUUGUUCUGGAUUACAAAGGGACCCGGAUCAACCUGUGACAUGGUCUGAUCCCCUCCCGAGUUUUGUAAAGAACCUUGUGGAUCGUGAUCUUAUUGAUCCCGAGUCAGGUGAAUAA